GUCAACCAGUCAGCGGUCCCGCCCAUCCUCACGCGAAACUCUGAGACCGGUGCGGCGGCGGCGGCGGCGGCGGUUGUUGUUGUAUCUGCGGUUGCUGCUGUUCCCUGUCCUCUCUCGUCAGCGUGAACGUCAACGUCUUCAGAAUGAACUGCCUGCUCAACUUGCUCGUUUGCCUGUUUGCUGCUGUUGAAAUUACCAUAGCCGGUCGCCUCAAGGUGCAGUGCAGCGAAGACAGAGUCACAGCCAAAGCUGGAGAUGAUGAUGUUAUCCAGUGUCGAUUUAAGACUGGGAAUAAGAUUGGCAGUGUGGCGUUUGUUUGGAAGAAGGCAGAUACAAUGGGAAUUGUCUACAUUUACCCAAGGAACCAAAGCAACCAGACGGAGCAAGAUCCAAGUUUUCGCAACCGCACUGAAGUCUUUCCCAACGAGAUUUCCAAUGGGAACUUGUCCCUGAGACUGAGGAACAUGUCUCUGUUAGACACUGGAAUCUAUAAACUCCAUGUCUCCAGCCGAUCACAAGACUCCGAUGCACAAGUCUUCCUCAGUAUCCGAGCUCUCGGCACCCAACCAGUCAUUCAUUCGUCUGGUGAUGAUCUGGGCCUGUUGGUGCUGGUCUGCGAGUCCUCCGAGUGGUACCCAGCUCCUAGCGUCACCUGGGAAAAUGGAUUGGGGGAGAAUCUGACCAGGCACUCGCACACAGAGCUUUUUAACUGCACAGGUGGCAGUGUCUGUGUGAAGAGCACGCUGGAACUGGUGAACUGGCCCACCGGCAACUACACGUGCACAAUGUGGGACCAGCAGUUGGACGAAGGAUUAUCGUCAACUUUUUCCUUAAUUCACAGGAUUCCAUUGGGAACGGUAAUUGGUGCGACUGGUGCCAGCGUCUGCGCGCUUGUUCUGAUUAUAGCUGUUUGUUGGAGUUGGUGGUAACUGGACAAUGCGAUUGGGGUCCUGUGGUUCCUCCUGUGUGACUGUCUGUAUCACUGAAGACUCUGUUGGUUUAAAGGAUGCCUCUGGUGCGGAUGCAGGACAAACUUGAAAGGGGGUGACAAGGACUUGGCUCCACUUUGUAGACAACAAGGACUCAUUCUCCUUCCCCUUUGUGCCAUCAGAGCCAACUGGGUUCCAGCAUUCAUCCCUCCUGAGAGCAGCAAUUCCUGCAUUAAGCUCUGCACAGGCAAUGAUGCUGUCGGAAAAGAUACAAAAACAUAAAAGACUGGUGCUAUGUUAAUAGGUUUGUUUUUGCACUUUACAGUGUUGUCCGAGCACUGUGUGUGUCAAGUGUUCCAAUGAUAAACCCGUGUUUCACUUAAGCAACUGACCUUUGUAAUCGGGGGCAUUGCAAAUCAAUUUCUGGCAACUUUUGAAUUUUCACUUUAUAAUGAUUCUAUAGCUUUAGCAGUGAAACAGCAAUUAUAGAUUUACCAUUGAGAUGCCCACUUCAAUGAGCCAUACAUGGCUUGUCUUAAAUUAGGACAACUUGCCACAUAGAGGGAGGAAGGUUGAUCUGGUAUUGUCACAAUUCUUAAGAAAAUUACAGGAUUGCUCCUUAAGAUGUUGCUGUGACGGUAGAUAAUCUGUAUUGUUGGGGGUGAUUGAUCCCACAAGUAUUGUAAUUGAGAAGGUGUUUAUCUCUGCACAAUUGUCACACUUUCCUGUGGUUUGGGAGUAAUGUUUCUAAACAAUCCAGUAUUCCAGCUAAUCUCUCUACCUCUCAUUCCUAUUACUUUCUGAGAAUUCUUGAGAGAGUUUUUCUGUACCAGGUGGCCUUUAUUUCCCGGCCCUCAUAUGACACAAAUCGCCACAUCGGUCAAACUGUGACUAAUAAGUUAAAAUCCUGGGAACUGCAGAGAUUUUGAACAUACCAGCAUCCCAAUAAUCCCGGUCCACCCAGUGACUCAUUUCACAGCAUGGUUAGAACUCAUCUUACUGCUCUUCUCUCUCCACUUAGUUCUGUACGUACUGCUUCUCUAACUGGUUUACAAAAUGCCGAACUUAAUCUGGAAGUAAAACUUUCUUUUCAUUAGCUGCUAACCUUUGUUGUAGCUGAUCGAGGAUGGUCUAAUUAUUUAAGAAGAUUUCACUUAACUCUCAAUGCUUUAAAACACUUUUUCCUGAAGCCUCCUCAUGGCAUGCAGUGUUCCAUAAAAAGCAGGACCAGAACAGAGCAGGACCAGAACAUGGUUUUCUAUCCCAAUAUGUCAGUGAGUUCAUGGCCAAUGUAACCACCAAUUAAUGCCCCAGAUCAUUGAUACCUCGUGUGAACAAGUAAAUAUUUUGAUAUUUAUAAUGUCUGGAGGCUGUCACUAUCUGUGGCUUCACAUCAUUCUGGUAAAUCUACACUGGCGACUCUAUCCCACUAUAAAGUUUGCCAUUGGUCAAGCUGUGGUCUAUGCUUUGUACAAGUUUAUCAUUGAUGUAAAAUAAAUUAUUCGUUUUUCGGGAUGUAGCUCUUGUAAUGUAUGUCUCGGGAUGUAAGAUCACUUUUUUUUGCACAUUGGGAGGUGUGCUACUACUUAUGUUCUUCACUGCAGAAGAGAGAUUAGUUGGGCAAUCAGCAGGUCAAAUACAUGGGAUGUUAGACACUUACAGGCCCAAAGUAGAAGACAUCGGGUCUCCUUCUCUGAAGGCCUUAAGUGAGCUAGUGGGGUUUCUAAGUCAAUUUGCAGAUAAAUUACCGAAGGCAGGUCUUUUUUGCUUAAAAUGAAGAUAAAAUCAGCAAUUUAUCUCUGCCUGUGGUGACACUUGAAGUUCUUUGGGUUGUUGGUCCUGUCCCAUAAUAUCUACACACUACCCUUUGUCUCCAUUGCAAUCUCAAUUUUUUUUUCUCUCUCUUCUGCACCAUUACACUCAGGAGUUUCUGGUUUUGAUUUGAGCUCUAUAAGUUCUAGGUAGAAGGGUCUCGACCCGAAACGUCGCCUAUUCCUUCUCUCCAUAGAUGCUGCCUCACCCGCUGAGUUUCCCCAUCAUUUUUUUGUCUACUUUCGAUUUUUCCAGUAUCUGCAUUUCUUAAGUAUGUUGAUUAGACUGAUUUGAAUGACAUGCAUUGACCUUACCCCACUGCGUUACUGCUUCAAGAAAUUAUGCAGUAUGAGAAUUGAUUACUUCUGCUCACAACCUCAUUGAUGCAGACAUGAAUCCAAUUCAUUCAGUUCAGACUACAUUCUUUCCUAACCAACUCCUGCAUGUUAGGUUUGUGUUAACAGCAUAGGUUUAGAUAUUAUUUAAUUGUUCACAUCCACAUUAAACCAAGAUUGAGUUAGUUUUAGUCACUGAUGUCUUGAGUUGGGCAAAAUGAGGCAAUUGGCAAUAAUUACGUUUCAAGAUCUGGGCUGUUGAGUUUCUGCUCAGAUGAAGCUAACAAGGAAUGUGCACAAUGAACUUUCACUUUCAUACCGAUACCUUCAAAUUUACCAACGUCCUGAAGCUUUGUAAUUGGUGCCACUGGCAUAGGUGGUACGGUUGCCAAUUCUGGUCAUGCAUAUACCAGGAAGCCAACACGGAUGCUGGGCCAUUGAAUGGAUCUGUGCCAGACAUAGGGUCAAACACAGGAAGCAAAAUGAGUGGCUGACUGUAAAGACUGUUCAGAGCUUGUUUUUCAGUCUGUUUACAGAUUGGACUGCCUGACACAGAGGAGCAAGAGUUGAGAUCGACCUUUUGUGCCUAAUCUGUCACACAAUUACAUUGAAUGUAUUUUUAUUUUAUUGAUCAUUCUUAGUUCUGUAACCUUUAAUACCCUUGCCAAACAAAGCUCUUAUCACGAGGAGCUUGUUAAUCUUGUUUGUCUUUUGAUGUUUUUUGUUCCCUUUUGAUUCAGGGGUUUUGAAAUUGAAUUACAUUCAUUAUUUAAUGUCUGCAUCUGCUUCAUAAUUUCUUGCCAUGCAAUGAUUCUUCCAGCUCCAUUGCAGUUGAUCAAAGGAAUUCUCAUUGAAUGCCCUAAAUCUGUUGCAGUAUUUAAAUUGAAUAAUUGUUGGUUUAUUCCUCAUGCACAUUCUACCUUCACCAAACCACUUGGUGCUGCAAUGUAAUAAAAUGUGUGGUCAAUGCAAUUU